GCGAGUGAGGCGUCGUCAGUGCUGGAGGCAGGCUCCGGUCGCGGCCGCGGCUAGUUAACAUCGGUUUUCCAAUCUGUCCGCGGCUGCCGCCGCCCAAGACAGAGCCAGAAUGUUCAGGAUGCUGAGCAGCAGUUUUGAGGAUGAUCCCUUCUUCUCUGAGUCCAUUCUUGCACACCGAGAAAAUAUGCCACAGAUGAUGAGAAGUUUAUCUGAAUCCUUUGGAAGAGACUUGCUCAGUAUCCCUGAUGGUAGAGGGAGAGCUCGUAAUCAUAGAGGACAUAAUGAUGAAGAUUCUUUGACUGCAAUGAGUUGUUCUCUUGUAUCUUUUGGCAGUUUUGGUGGUAUGCAUACAGAUGUCAGCCCUUUUCAGACAGUGGACCAAAUGGUGUCAAAUAUGAGAAACUAUAUGCAGAAAUUAGAAAGAAACUUUGGUCAACUUUCACUGGAUCCAAAUGGACAUUCAUUUUGUUCUUCCUCAGUUAUGACUUAUUCCAAAAUAGGAGAUGAACCACCAAAGGUUUUUCAGGCCUCAACUCAAACCCGUAGAGCUCCAGGAGGAAGUAGACUGAAAUAUGUGGGAGCAAGGCAAUUACUGACAGUUGAUACCUUAAUACUUAUUCCCAUUAUUUUUCUAUUUAACAUAGAUGAUGCUCAUGCUUUUGAUGAGGAGUGGCAAAGUGAGGUUUUGAAGUACAAACCAGGACGACACAAUCUAGAAAACACUGGAAUGAGAAGUGUUGGUCAUGAGAAUCCUGGCUCCCAAGAACUUAAAAGAAGGGAGAAACCUCAACAAAGUCCAGCCAUUGAACGUGGAAGAAGAUCAAAUGUUUUGGGGGAUAAACUCCACAUCAAAGGUUCAUCUGUGAAAAGCAACAAAAAAUAAAUAGCCAUGCAUUUGAUUUGCUUAGUUUUGGUUGUUUUAACAGUUAGUAAUGGUGCUGGGUAAUAAGCAUAAGACCAAUCUCUUGCUGUUAAAUCAGUUCUGUCCUUGGCAACUUUCUUCUGAUACCUGAAUGUUCAUGAAGGUCCUAGCUUUAUAUUGUCCCUCUUUUAGGAAUAAAAUUUUGAUUUUCAACAGUGUGA